UCCGUCAAACUCCACCCGAAACGCUAGACUUCUUCCUGGAUAAGAAAUGCUGUAACAACGGUGUAGUUACCGGCAGUAUCUAUGCUUUUCCUAUGUGGGUAGCCCACCUUUAUCACCAGAAACACAACAAUUAAGACCAAUGGCGUUCCGGAAAGCAGUAAAGGGAACCCUGAUAGGGGGCGGAGCCGUAGCCACAGCCUUUGGCCUAUCACAGUUCUUUGAGUACAGGAGGAAUCAGCCUAAAUGGGCUCGUUUGGCCUAUGUGGAAGCAGAGGGCCAAACGAAGAUGCCAUUUGAAGACAGGCUGCCGACCCGUCAGGAACAGCUCACUACACUCCAGAACACGCCGGAAUUCGACGUCUUGGUGGUGGGAGGCGGAGCCACAGGAGCAGGAUGUGCCUUAGAUGCCGUCACACGCAAUCUGAAGACGGCCAUGGUGGAAAGGAGCGAUUUCUCAUCGGGAACCAGCAGCAGGAGCACCAAGCUCAUUCACGGAGGAGUGCGCUAUCUGCAGAAGGCCAUCAUGAAGCUAGAUUACGAACAGUACAUGAUGGUAAAGGAGGCCCUCCAUGAACGUGCUAACCUGCUGGAAAUCGCUCCUCACCUGUCUGCUCCACUACCCAUCAUGCUUCCCGUUUACAAGUGGUGGCAGCUGCCAUAUUACUGGGCUGGGAUAAAGAUGUAUGAUCUGGUGGCUGGAUCUCACUGCCUGAAGAGCAGCUACGUCCUCAGCAAGAGCAAAGCCCUGGAGCUCUUCCCCAUGCUGAAGAAGGACAAGCUGGUUGGAGCCAUUGUCUACUAUGAUGGUCAGCACAAUGAUUCCCGGAUGAAUCUGGCCAUUGCUCUGGCCGCGGCCCGCUACGGUGCUGCCAUAGCCAACUACACCGAGGUGGUCCGGCUGCUGAAGAAGACCGACUCAGCCACAGGAAAGGAGCAAGUGUGUGGUGCCCGGUGCCGAGAUGUCAUCACAGGCCAGGAGUUUGACGUCCGUGCCAAAUGUGUCAUCAACGCCACGGGGCCGUUCACCGACUCACUGCGCAAAAUGGACAACCAGAAAACUGCCAACAUCUGCCAGCCCAGUGCAGGAGUCCACAUCGUCAUCCCUGGAUACUACAGCCCUGACAACAUGGGGCUGCUGGACCCCGCCACCAGCGACGGCCGUGUCAUCUUCUUCCUACCCUGGGAGAAGAUGACUAUUGCUGGGACAACAGACACACCCACUGACGUCACAGCCCACCCUAUCCCCAUGGAGGAGGACAUCAACUUUAUCCUGAGUGAAGUUCGCAAUUACCUCAGCCCUGACGUGGAAGUGCGGAGGGGAGACGUCCUGGCGGCCUGGAGCGGCAUUCGUCCGCUGGUGACUGACCCGAACUCCAAAGACACGCAGUCCAUUUGCCGCAACCACGUCGUCAGCAUCAGCGAAAGUGGCCUGGUCACCAUAGCUGGUGGUAAAUGGACCACCUAUCGCUCUAUGGCAGAGGAGACCCUAGAUGCUGCAAUAAAGGAGCAUAAGCUUCCAGCUGGCCCCAGCCGAACCGUGGGGCUGAUGCUGGAAGGGGGGAAAGACUGGACACCUACACUGUACAUCAGACUGGUCCAAGAUUAUGGCCUGGAGAACGAGGUGGCCCAACACUUGGCAGCUACCUAUGGAGGGAGAGCAUUCGAGGUAGCCAAGAUGGCCCAGGUCACAGGAAAGAGAUGGCCAAUAGUGGGCAAACGUCUUGUAUCUGAAUUCCCCUAUAUAGAGAGUGAGGUGAUCUAUGCGAUAAAGGAGUAUGCCUGCACAGCCAUUGAUGUGAUUGCACGGAGAACGCGGCUGGGUUUCCUGAACGUCCAGGCGGCAGACGAAGCUCUACCGCGCAUUGUGGAGAUCAUGGCCAAACAGCUGGACUGGAGCGAGCAGAAGAAGAAAGAAGAACUGGAGGCAGCCAAGAAGUUUCUGUAUCAGGAGAUGGGCUACAAAGCUCGCUCUGAACAGCUCAGCAAGACCACCGAGAUUUCACUCACUCCUCAGGAAGUGGCCAGAUACAAGAAGCGCUUCUACAAAUUUGACAAAGAGAGCAAAGGCUUCAUUACUACACUGGAUGUGCAACAUGUUCUAGAGAAACUCAGCAUCCAGAUUGAUGAGAAUGCACUCCACGAGAUCCUCAACGAGGUCGAUCUGAAUAAGAACGGACAGGUGGAACUGGACGAGUUUCUGCAGCUCAUGAGCGCAGUGCAGAGGGGCCAAAUCUCGGACAGCCGGUUAGCUAUCCUGAUGAAGACUGCCGAAGAGAGUCUGGACCUGAGGGGGCCAGUGUCCGUGGACCGCAGUGGCGGAGGGGUGUGAGUGCCACCCCUACAACAUGCGCCAGCUGCGAAAAGGUGACCACUUACUGUCCGAAAAUGUUGCAAACAAUCGCCUGCCUUCCACUGUUGUUUGAAUACAUUCCUUAUUUUUUAUGCUGCUUUGCAUUUAUUUUAAUGAGCACAGCUGAAAUUAUUUAAUAGUGAGAUAUGUCUGUUUAAUCUUCUGUAAUACUAUAUUCUAUCAUUUAUAAAGUGGAUUCUGCUCGUUUCAUUUCUUUACCUCCUUUCACUGGAGCAUACUGCCUGUGCAUGCAGUGCCAUUUUGUGCUUUCCGCUGGUCAGCGUGGGCAGCUGUCUGUCCUAUAGAUACUGUGUCCUGAAGCACUGAGCUUUUCUGCUGUGCCAUUUGUACGUGUGUGAUGAAAGCAUGGAGGAGCAUGUGCACUAUAUGUGGAGCUACUGUGAUGCACGUAGCAAACUUUUGCACUUUCUGUAGGUCUUCUCAAGUUUACACGUGCUACUGUGUGGUUACUGCUCUAAACUGCAAUCGCCGAUUCGACAAUAGAUGUUUUUUUAGCGCUCCUGAUGCGUCACUGUUAUCUUUAUACUUGGUCUUUUCUAAGGAGAUGAAUAUUUAUUGAUAAUCUAGCGACUCUGUCCUUUGCUGAAUAUGCCAUGCUGUGGUCCUGGACAGUGUUUUUUUCACAGUGCUGAAUGUAAUUUUGAUACUGUAUUAACAAUUUUGCCUGAAUACGCACAGUUUUUUUAAUACCAUUCGUGUAGGACAUUGUCUUUCAUUUAACCAAAGAGGAUAUUAUCUUAUGAUAACGAAUGCUUCACUGAUAUGUGUAUGUUGAUCUGUGGGUAGUAUAAGCCCUUGUUUUGUCUUUCUUUCGAUGUUUAGAGGGUUACUGGAAGUUUAUCUGUCAAAACAAUGCAAGGUUAUGCUCUCAGAACGCUACUGGAAUCAUUAAGACGAGGCUUAUUUCCUGCUAACUUUAAGGAUUUAGAAGGGAUUCAGUAUUUAAUAUUUACUGUGCCUUGUUUCCUAUGGAGUGAACACUAUAAAUGAACUUGGCAUGUUGAAAAGCACACACACCCUUUUUUAAACCCAUUAUCCAGCAAUGUAUUUUCUUAUGUGAAAUGUAUUGUAUCUGUAUUUGCUGUUAUGAGAAUCACUACUUUAAAGUGUAUCUUAUGAAUCGAUGGUAAACUUCUCUAAGGUUUUGUUAAGGAAGUGGUUCAGUGAAAAAUGUAAUUUGCCCAGUUUCCCCUUUACUCCAGAUGUAGACGAUCAGCCAAGACAUCGGUGGCUACAUUUUGCUUCUUUAGUUUAGCGCAGGAGCUACCUGGCUAACCAACACUAGAAGUCAACAAACCCCUGUGAAUACAUCCCCAAAAUUCCUCUCAAACCACAUCCAGGUCUUCAUUAAGGUCACACAGUGAUUUAGAGGACGUUACAACUGAACUGCAGCUCCCUCUCAUGUGCACCCAAGUCACCCACAGAAUGUGGACGCAAGAUUUAUUUAUUUGUAAUUUUUGUUCAGUUGUUCUAUUUUAACAUUAAUAGAACAACAUUUAACAUACAUUAAUUUCAGUAUGUAAUACACCUGUUUACAGUUGUUCCUAUUUAUAUACAUUAUAUAUAAUCCUUAUUAUGACAAUUCAACAGUUAUUUAUAGAUAUAUCAGAAAUGUGAUCUGUCUGCAUGACGUGCAUCCAAGGGACGUAGGGAGUGGGGGUGCUGAGGGUGAGAUUUCAGUAUUGCAACUUUUGCAAAUAAUAACAAUAAUAAUAAUAAUAAUAAUGAAACAUUCUGAACUUUGUAGUAAUUUGACUAUAGUAACGACUCAUGUGUUUGUUCCAGAGUGGAGUUCGUAUUUUAUAUUUUAUUUUUAAUUUUCACAAUCCGCAGUAGUCGUGUGACUGAAUGCAUAUUUUUAUUACAGUGAGCCAAAAACUGCUUGACAUUUUGGGGGCUUGUUGCUAAAAUACAUGAAUUUUGAUGUACAAAGAGGGGCAGUUUAUGCAGAGUUACAGGCUAGUUAUGAGCCUCAAAGCAGCCAAAUGUUGUUUUUUAAGUAAAGAAAAAAAUUCAGUAAUAAUGAUGUUUUAUCAAACGGUGGUUCUUCAGCUCGGCUAGGUAAGAAUCAGUUACCUCACCAUAUCAGCUGUCUGAUUGGGCGCCGCUCAGUUCAUUUGAAUAAAGCUUGUCCAGAACAAGAGAGCUGAGCGACGAUGUGCAUCAGCGGUUUGAUGUGUCAGUUAUGUGUAUUCAUCAUCUUCAUAUUGUUGAAGGCGAAAGAUGACACGUUCUGUAAAUUAGCAAUCAAAUGAAAAAAAACAUUUUUCAUGAUGUCAUCAUUCACAUCACAUAUACGCCACUUAAAAUCUCAGCACCCCAACUUAAAAAACCUUCCCGCGUCCUUGUGUGUUAGAAUUCAACACUACACCUGUUCUUUAAAUGACCCAGCGUUGAGCUACACUGUGAAGUGUUAUUCAUUUUUAUAGUUCAGUGUAAGUCAUACUGUGUCCAGCUGACAUGACGUGGUUUUGCUGUUAUUUAUCACUCUAGCGCGGUGGCCCAGCCUCAUACCAGCCUCUGCUGCCUCUCCUGUUCACACUACAUGAGUGUUUUCCACUCUUCCACAGCACCCCUGCUCCUGUUUUUAUCUGUGGUCGUCCACAACCAAGCUGAGGAAAUGAAUGUUCCUCACAUCAUAACCAUAAUUGUUUUCAUAACCGUGCGUUCUACCGACGCACACAAAACCUACUUGUAGUCCUCAGGUGUAGAGAACUUUCAGCCUGAUCAACUUAAGUGAGUGUAAGUCAGGUUGAUGAGGUGCACACAGUGAAAACACCCACAGAAACAGCUGAAUGUACACAUAAACAACACAGGAACCCUUUUACAACCACCCUGUUCAAAAACACUAUCGGCUCAGCUUUCAACAUUUACCGCUAAAUAUAUUACUGCUGUCGGAACAAAACCUCGUAUCUCCAUUUUUAUCAUUUUGAGUUUUUAUCAUAAUUUGAAAGUGACCUUUAUAUUAUGUGUUAAUUUCAUGAAUA